UGUGGCUCCUCUCAAACAUUACUGCUUUCAGCUUUGUGGCUCUCUCUCUCUCUCUCUCCCUAUAUUCGCUGCUCUUCGCUAACCCCACCAUUCCCCGCUCAUUUUUUACUUCCAUCUUCACCCGCGAACUCAAGAAAAUGGCACAGGAGAAGCCCAAGCCCGCCGCCGGCGUUUGGUCCGCUGUCAAGCCUUUCGUUAAUGGCGGUUGCUCUGGUAUGCUAGCCACUUGCGCCGUCCAGCCCAUUGACAUGGUCAAGGUAAGAAUACAAUUGGGUCAGGGAUCAGCUGGCGAGGUGACCAAGAACAUGAUUAAAAAUGAGGGGUUUGGUGCCUUAUACAAGGGGUUGUCUGCAGGGUUGCUUAGACAAGCUACUUAUACCACUGCACGACUUGGAUCAUUCAGAAUUUUAACGAACAAGGCUGUUGAAGCGAACGAGGGGAAGCCCUUGCCUUUGUAUCAGAAGGCGUUGUGUGGACUGACAGCGGGAGCAAUUGGAGCAUGUGUUGGCAAUCCAGCCGAUUUAGCACUGAUCCGUAUGCAGGCGGAUGCGACAUUGCCUGCUGCCCAACGGCGUAACUACACGAAUGCCUUCCAUGCACUUUACCGCAUUGCUGCUGACGAAGGGGUUCUAGCCCUUUGGAAGGGGGCUGGCCCGACUGUGGUGAGGGCAAUGGCGCUAAACAUGGGAAUGCUUGCUUCUUAUGAUCAAAGCGUGGAGUUCUUCAAGGAUAAUCUCGGUAUGGGAGAAGCCGCCACUGUGUUAGGGGCCAGCAGCGUCUCCGGAUUCUUUGCUUCUGCUUGCAGUUUACCAUUCGAUUACGUGAAAACACAAAUACAGAAGAUGCAACCUGAUGCAGAAGGGAAAUAUCCCUACACUGGUUCUAUGGAUUGCGCUAUGAAGACACUCAAGGCGGGAGGGCCUUUCAAAUUCUACACUGGAUUUCCAGUAUAUUGCGUUAGAAUUGCGCCUCAUGUCAUGUUGACAUGGAUAUUCCUCAACCAAAUCCAGAAGAUUGAGAAGAAUGCAGGAUGGUGAAAGAGGGGGAGAAACAAAUUAAUUAAAGAUCAACAUUGAGAUAAAGCUUUUUUAUUUAUCUAACGUAAUGCACUUCUUGCAAUGCUUUUGUAAUUUCGUAACAUUAUACCAAAACCAUUGAUUACAGAUUUUCAUUCAUCAACUUUUUGGUUA